AUGCAGGGUGCACAGCUUAAAAAGCACAUUGAUGCCACCUUAGGCAGUGGAAACUUAAGGGAAGCAGUUAGACUACCUCUUGGGGAGGAUUUAAAUGAAUGGCUCGCAGUCAAUACUGUGGAUUUCUUCAAUCAGGUGAAUCUGCUCUAUGGUACCCUCACUGAGUUUUGUACUCCUGAGAAUUGCCCUACAAUGACUGCAGGACCUAAGUAUGAAUAUAGAUGGGCUGAUGGUGUGCAAAUCAAGAAGCCUAUCGAAGUUUCUGCUCCAAAGUACGUUGAAUAUCUAAUGGACUGGAUCGAAUCACAGCUUGAUGAUGAAUCCAUAUUUCCUCAAAAGCUUGGCGCACCGUUUCCUCCCAAUUUCAAGGAGGUGGUGAAGACAAUAUUCAAAAGACUCUUCCGGGUAUAUGCCCACAUCUAUCACUCUCACUUUCAGAAAAUUGUGAGCCUUAAGGAGGAAGCUCAUCUGAAUACAUGUUUCAAGCACUUCAUAUUGUUUACUUGUGAAUUUGGGCUGAUUGACAAGAAAGAGUUGGCUCCACUCCAAGAGCUCAUAGAUUCCAUCAUAGUCCCCUACUAAAUAUAUAUAUAUAUAUACAGUGGGGUUGGAGAAUGGAGAUCCUCAUAAAGAGUUUUAUUUUAGGGGUUCCAAAAGGAAUAAAGUUUGUUUUAUUAGUAUGCGACUUGAAAAAUUUAAGUGUCUAUAUUCUGUAUGUUAUAAAUGCAAAUCCAUAUGCCAUAUUCCUUGGAUUUAAAAUAUUGCAAGUGUAAGCCUGUUGGUUUUUCUUUUCCUCUUCA